AGGUACUCGCCGACCCUGACGCAGCGCGAGUCGUGCAGCCGACCUGACGUGAGUGCAAGAGCAGCCGCCGCCGCCGUUUCUGCCUCUCGCUGCGCCCGCUUCCUCUCGGCUUCAAAAAAACGACGACGGACAGCUGCUUUUUGCACCCGCAAGAAGGCUCGAUGGGAGUGGAGCGGCCCUCUGCCUCGGCCGGCGGCGGCUCCGACACGGACGACACGGAUGACAAGGCCGGCGCCGACCACGGCGCCGACUUUCCAAGCACCAAGCGCAAGCAGCGCCGCUACAGGACCACCUUCACUAGCUUCCAGCUCGAGGAGCUCGAGAAAGCAUUCGCACGCACCCACUACCCUGAUGUCUUCACCAGAGAGGAGCUGGCGAUGAAGAUCGGCCUUACCGAGGCCCGCAUCCAGGUGUGGUUCCAGAAUCGGCGGGCUAAGUGGCGCAAGCAGGAGAAGGUGGGCCCCCAGGCGCACCCUUACAACCCCUACCCGCCGUCCGGCUCCCCAGGUCUUCUGCCGGCCUCAAUGCCGACCCCAUCGGCCGCCUCAUCGGCCGCCGCCACGCAAGUGGCCGGACCGUCGAUGCCGGCGGCGCCGUUCCCCCCUCCGGGCCUCCUCCUGCCGCCCUUGCUGAGGAAACCCUUUGUGCAGGAUGCGUCGCCGCCUUUUCUUCCUACAGGUUUGUUCGCAGGCGGGCACCACCACCACCGGUUCCUGUCGUCGGCGCUGGCCGCUGCCCUGCUGCCCGUUUACCUGCCGCACCACCACUUCUCCCGGGGUCCGCCGAUGCUGCCGCCGAUGGUGGGACCUCCGGGCGGCAGCGGAGCCGGUGGCGGCGUCGGCAGCGGCGCCGGCAGCCGCGAGACGCCGCCGCCCGAGGAGGAGCUGGACCGGCGCUCAUCCAGCAUCGCGGCGCUGCGCCUCAAAGCGCGCGAACACGAGCUCAAACUGCGCGACCUGGACCUCAGCAGUUAACCAAAGACUCGGCCCUUCCGUCCGCCAGAGUGUGCUUCCUUUGCCCAGAGUGUUAAAUUUCGAGUGCGCGCAACCUGCUUUGCCGAAAAUUUUAACAAGCCUACGCUGCAGCCCAGCGACAUUUGCCUCAAUGCAUAUGAUAUGUUGUAUAUUUUUAAUACCACUACUUGCAUUUUAUUUGCAUGCAGCUGUGCCCAAAUAAAUUUGCAAAAUGAUGAUAUGAACAAAAAACGAAGUCUUUGAU